AUGUCUGGAUCUCGCAAAUUUUUUGUUGGAGGGAACUGGAAAAUGAACGGAAGCAGAGAAGAUAAUGAAAAGUUACUUAAAUUGCUCUCAGAAGCUCAUUUUGGUGACAACACAGAAGUUUUAAUUGCUCCACCAUCCCUAUUUUUGCACGACGUUCGAAAAAUUUUGAAGAAGGAAAUACAUGUUGCCGCUCAAAAUUGUUAUAAAGUAUCAAAGGGUGCAUUUACUGGAGAAAUCAGCCCUGCAAUGAUAAAAGAUAUUGGUUGUGAAUGGGUAAUACUUGGUCAUUCUGAGCGUAGGAGCAUUUUUGGUGAAUCUGACGAACUCAUUGCUGAAAAAGUCCAACAUGCACUUACUGAAGGUUUAAGCGUUAUUGCAUGUAUUGGUGAGACAUUAUCAGAGCGUGAAUCUAAUAAAACAGAAGAAGUGUGCGUUAGACAGUUAAAAGCUAUCGCAAAUAAGAUUAAAUCAGCUGAUGAAUGGAAACGAGUAGUUGUAGCAUAUGAACCAGUUUGGGCUAUUGGAACAGGUAAAGUAGCUACACCACAGCAAGCUCAAGAGGUUCAUAAUUUCCUUCGUAAAUGGUUUAAGGCAAAUGCACCAAGUGGGGUUGAUGAAAAAAUACGUAUUAUCUAUGGCGGAUCUGUAACUGCUGCCAAUUGUAAAGAAUUAGCUCAACAACAUGAUGUCGAUGGAUUUUUGGUUGGUGGGGCUUCAUUAAAACCGGAAUUCACGGAUAUAUGUAAAGCCAAACAAUGUUGA